UCUACCGUGAAGAAGGUCUGCCGGAUGACGCCAUAUUGACAACACGGAUAAUGUAGACUAGUAGAAUAUACAUUGUUCUUUUGGAAUUUUCACCCGAUAUUGGAACCUGAGAACAAUCACUGCUUACAAUGAAGACGCAUUGUCUUUUGAUAAGUUUGGCAGUAUUAUCUGGGGUCCUCACUGUUGAAGUUCCAGAAGACUAUGCCAAGUUGUUGAGCUCGAAAUUGCUCCAGGAACUUGAGAAACGACUCGACGAAAGGCACAACCAGGAGCCUAGAUGUCAAUAUGAAACUAGACAUAGCACUAUUAUCAGGACUAAUGCUUCUCUUUCAGCAGGAGCAGAAUUUCUAAAGGCCCCUGAUGAUGUAGAAUCUCAGAGAGAUUGUUUACAAGAAUGCUGUUACAGAGAAAAAUGCAGUGUAGCAGUCUAUCAGACGAAGGACAGUAGCUGUUAUUUAUUUAACUGUCGGAAGAAAGGGAUAUGUCAAUUUACUUCUUCUUCUAAGUACAAUACAAUGAUCUUAGAGGAUCGAUUAAUUACAAGUGAUGAAGAUGCAAAUGAAAACAAGUUUAUAGAAGAGGAAGAUGCCCAACCCAGCACUACAACAAGUAGUACCACUGCCAAGGCAACUACCCCUACAACAACUACUGCUGCUCCAACUACAGCUAGCACGACUACUACUACUACAACUACAACCACUACAGCUACUACUACAACUGAAAGAACAACAGUAACUGAGAAGCACACUACUAAACCUAAAGAAAAAACAAAAGUACCACUCCUAAACUUGUGCUCUGCUGAAGAAAAUAUCUGUGAGACAGCCCAUUCCCAUUGCAAAGACAACUUCUGUCAGUGUAUGGGUGGAUAUCAUGCCAAAAAUGGAGUUUGCAGGCGUGACUGUGACCCAAAUUUCCAAUGGGAAUGCACCAAUGGGAAAGCUUCUUAUGUUGGUGAAAACUGCAUUGCCAAGUAUGACCGCUGUGAUGGGAUAGCACAGUGCCCUGAUGGUUCAGAUGAGGAGAAUUGUAACCCCAAAGGUAGAGUACAGUCUGCUAUUUAUUAA